GCCGGACUCUGUAGCAUGCAGCCUCGACAAAUUCAUCAUAUAGAGUUGCAGAAUGACGGAUCGGGUCUAGGCUUUGGCAUCAUUGGAGGGAGGAGUACUGGCACCAUGGUUAAAACCAUCCUACCUAAUGGUGUAGCUGGAAAGGAUGGGAGAUUGCGUAGUGGCGAUCUUCUCCUCAGAAUUGGUGAUGUGGAUGUGUCCGCCAUGGGCAGUGAGGAAGUGGCACGUGAGCUCUGUCUUGCUGGUUCCCGUGUGAGACUUAUCAUUGCCAGGGAAACCACUGAUGGUGCCCUCUCACCUACCAUCGCCCAGCAACAGGACUCUCAAAAGAAACAGGAUUUAGUAGAGAAAAAGGAAAAAGAGUUCAAUGUCAGAUUCAGUAACAACAAAAAUGGUUUGGGCGUCAACAUCUCUAAAUCUCUGAAUAACCUGGACAAAGAGUCCAGUGGAUUUGAAGUAAAGAGCAUACUGAAAGAACAUGCAGUGGAUCAGGAUGGACUAAUUCACAUCGGAGAUGGCAUCAUUGCUAAAGCGGAGGAGAUCCUGCUCACUAGCCAACAAGUGCAGAUCUCUAUUCGGAGAAAGGGCUCAUCAUCUGGAACACAAACUACCCCCACAAUGUCCACAAUCUCUCAGAGCCCCUUAACCCCUCUGGGUCUCCUUCCCCCUCCACUGCCUCCAUGUCUACCAGAGCCAAAGCCAGUUCUGCCCCCAGGGAAAGUUUUCUAUACUGAACGCCGGGACCUCAACUUCAACAGAGAGUGCAUUGAGUCAACGCAAACCUGUGAUUUAGAGUCCAAGAUGGAGAAUAGAAACCAGUCCUCGUUUUGCAAACUGUCUGAUGAAGAGGAGGAAAUAUUGAAGGAGAAGUGGAAAAGCAAACUGGGUCCUCAAUAUGAAGUCAUGGUGGCGCAGGUACAGAAGUUCACUGAGAGCAGCGGUCUUGGUGUGAGUUUGGAGACUAUGGAAGGUCAUCACUAUAUCUGCUCCAUACUGCCAGAGGGUCCGAUUGGACAGACAGGAAUCAUACGGCCUGGAGACGAGCUGCUAGAGGUUCACUUUAUAUUAUAAUUGAAAGGGGGUGUCCACAUAGUCAUGUAGAAUAUCUCACAUUACACAUACAAACACUACUAUAAAAUGUAUUUACCUAAAAAUGCUAAUGGAAAUUAUAUUUGGUUAUACUUCAAAGUCAAACAAGCAUUACGCACAGAUAAUACUGUUGUUUAUAGAUUACACUGUUGUAAUCCCUUAUCAUAAAGCCUGCUAACACAUGCAUGCACAAUAACUGAAAGCGCUCAUCUUUCUUUCUGCAUUCUGUUUUCUAUGCAUAGCACUUUAUUCAGUGCUGACUGCACAUGAAUAUCAAUCAUGACAGCUACUUAAAAAUAGCCCUUCCUGUCAGUAGAAAAGCCCAGAGGAUCAUUUCAGCAGAACAACGAAGGUGAUGUGUUUGUU